AGGUAUCCCCGGCCACGGGCGCCAAACCUCAACCAACACUCUCGUGCUCCUCCGUCUUUCCUUCCUCCAUCUGUUUCACACCGCGCGCGCUCGAGGUCGAAGCCAAGCCAAUCAACCGGAGCCAGACGCCGGCACGGCGGCCGAUGGCCAAGGCGCGCAAGCAGACGGCGUUGUCUGCCGCAGAGCGCUUCCUCGGCUUCCACCACCGCCCCGGCUCCGCCACCGUCGCCCCGUCCCCGUACGACGACCUGCCGGACCUGGCCGAGUCGGACGUCUGGUAUUCGCCAUCGUCGGACGCGCCAACCACCACCGCGGAUCAGGACGGGAUUCAGCGCACGGACAGGGCGCCAAGGGGUGAGCCGCCGCGGCGCGUGGGCGGGCUGAGCCGGGCCUUCGCCGACGGGCGGCAGGUGGCCGCGUCGGCGCCCGUCCAGGUGCCCGCGUGGCCGAGCCGGUUCGCUGACCUGGAGACCGAGCCCGACGAGCAGCAGCAAGAGGACGCCGAUGGUUGGGUGCCGCCGCACGUGUACCUGGCGCGGCGUCAGGCGAGGGCGUCGGUCGUCGAGGGCGUCGGGCGCACGCUCAAGGGCCGGGACGCGUCGCGGGUGCGUGACGCCGUCUGGAGCCGAACCGGAUUCCCCGGAUGACCUCAACCGGAUCGGCCGGGCAGCUCGGAAUCGCAAAAUUCCCCUUUUUUUUCUUUUGACUCAAAUUUUGUAAUAUGGUUUGUUUGAUUUUGUUUGAAGAAUUUAUGAGAAGCAAGAAUUCGCGAGAACGACAAAAAAAAGGUGUGGUUUGUUGUUGUAGUAGUGGUAGUAUCAUUGUACAUUUUGUUGAACUGUUGUUGAUUGGGUAGUUGGGUAGGAUACAACCGAAGAUGGUUGGAGUCUGAUACAGUAGUACUGCUUUUAUUCUUUGUUAGUUUGUUGUGGCCUAAAAAAUCAAAUAAAAACAGGCCCAUCUCUGUGAUGAGAGCAAUGAUAAUUGAUAUGA